ACCUGAGGACCUUGUUCAGAUAAAUAUCCCACAUGAGUCGAGCAGUUCGUCAUUCUCCAAAGAAGACAAGACCACAAUGGUGGCCAAAGCAACAUGGCCUCCAUCCCUUCUUGCAACGGCAGGAGGACUUCUGUUGCUUUUCUCCUUCUCAUCAGCACAAACCAGAGGAGACAACGUGGCAACAUGCACCCCAAAUGACGGCUUUGGAAAGUACUGUCCCACAAUGGGAGUGGCUGAUUACAUGCUGAGGUAUGUGGACCAUGUGGACAGAGAUUUGGAUGAUUUGCAACAGACACUUGAAACAAUUGCCAAUUUCACCAAGGAGACCGAAGAAAAAGUUGUCUUCAUGAAAGAAUCUACUACUCACUUCAAAAGAGUGUCCAGCCAGGUAACACACUUCAAAAAAUCGUCAAGUAUGCUGGAUGAUGUUCAUCGAUUGAAAAGACCAUCAUCGAACAGGAAACAGCAAAUAUUUGAUCUUCAGAAUUUAAUUGCAUCCAACGAGAAUAGAAUGUCAGACUUGAAAAAAAUCUCCAUUCUGCUACAGCAGAAAUGCACCGAGCCCUGCAAAGACUCGGUUGAGAUCCAGCCCCUCACGGAUCAGGACUGCCAGGAUAUUGCAAACAAAGGUGCCACCUUCAGUGGUCUUUAUUAUGUGAGGCCAGCGAGUGCCACUGAGCAGUUCCUGGUCUACUGUGAGAUUGACAGCUUCGGACGCGGCUUCACAGUGAUACAGAGGAGACGUGACGGCAGCGUGGACUUCUACAAGGACUGGAUCCAGUACAAGAAUGGCUUUGGCUAUCUCUCACCAGACGACACCACGGAGUUCUGGCUCGGUAACGAGAAGAUCCACCUGCUGACACCCACUACUACAACCAUGCCGACUGUGCUGAGGAUAGAGAUGGUUGGGUGGCCUCCUUCCUCCAGGUACGCCGACUACACCAUGUUCAGAGUGGCAGAGGUCGACAUGUACCGUCUGACGUACGGCUACUACCUUGGCGGUGAUGCCGGAGAUGCGUUCGAUGGCUUCGACACGGUUGACGACCCCAGCGACAAGUUCUACACGGCUCACAAUGGCAUGCAGUUCAGCACCUUCGACAAGGACAAUGACAAGUUUCAUGGCAACUGUGCUCAGCAGGACGGCUCCGGCUGGUGGAUGAACAGAUGUCACGCUGCACAUUUGAACGGGCAAAUACUAUCAGGGUGGCGUUGUACUCAGCAAAGGACGCAGGUGACGGCAGGCUUUGACAACGGCAUCACUUGGGUCACAUGGCACGACCGCUGGAACUCCCUGAAGGAGAUCACCAUGAAGAUCAUUCCCCUCAACCGCAUCACAGCAGGCGGUCAGCAGUCUGGCGUGAAAGAGUUUGGCGGACUUGAAGUUAAUAUGUAGACUAAUGAAAUAACAUGCCAUCCAUGGAUCCAUUUCUGACUUAUGAUGUGUGAUGUGCAUGUUUUACUGAUCUGACCCAGCAGGACACUGAAUGUUCAUAUUUUCCUUUGUUUUGAAACUAAAUAAUGUAAUUUCUUAGCCAAAUAUGGUCAUUACGUCAUUGGGACAGUCUUCAUUUGGACUCUGCCAGCUUGGAGACACAACACGUCCAUAUGGCAAGCAGCUGUUGUUGUAAAACAAUGUCGAGAUGAGACAAAGCACCUGGUAAAAAGAAAUAAUCAAGAACGCAGCAAAAAGUUUGAAUAUUUGUCACAAGCACCAAGUCACCCAAAGUAUACACCUGUAUGUAUGUACAGUACAACAUCCUUGGAAUAAAUACCAUCUUAA